GCAGAAGAGCGAGCGAUAAUACACGCCGGGCGGCCGCAAGAAACCACAGUUCUCGAUUGUGCUUCGUACCGUUCGGUUUAGUGUUUGCGUUCAAGAGUCAAGUUCAAUAUUUUGUUCCUUAGAUUCGACCCGGAACGCUACCGCUAGCGUAACGUUGUUAAGGUUACUCUUACAACCGGAAGACUAUGGAGGGCUUAAUGGGGGGCCAGUGCGCCGCACAGAGCGUCGGACCGGCGAAUCAGCUGUUUGGGCUGCUGGUGCAAACAAUCCUGGCGGCACAGUGUGCGAUUUCCCCACCGGAUAUAUGGCCGAAGGACUACGGCCCGACAGCACUGCAACGCGGAUUGGAUGAGUACGAUUUCGUGAUCGUCGGUGCCGGUUCCGCCGGGUCGGUUGUUGCCAAUCGACUGUCCGAAAACCCAGACUGGAAGGUUCUUCUGCUAGAAGCGGGCGGCGAUCCACCGAUCGAGUCUGAGGUACCAUAUCUGGCAUUCGCUUUGCUGAACGGUUCGCAUGUCUGGAAUUAUUACGCCGAAAGGAGUGACACAGCUAGCAAAGGCUACAAGCGCGGAAGUUACUGGCCGAGGGGUAAAAUGUUGGGUGGAUCAAGCAGUAACAAUAUCAUGCUGUAUGUGCGUGGCAAUAGCCGCGAUUACGAUCGCUGGGAGGAGCAGGGUAAUCCGGGCUGGGGUUGGAAGGAUGUGCUGGAGUAUUUCAAAAAGUCCGAAGAUAACGGGGCGCAACAUUUGCUGCAGGAGAGAGCCGAUUACCACGCGCAAGGUGGUUUACUCAAGGUCAAUUCUUUCAUGUCAAACGACAUGACUAAACUGGUGAUAACUGAGGCCGCACAAGAGUUGGGUAUACCGGAGAUUAUGGACAUCAACAGUGAUGAGUAUAUCGGUUACAAUGUAGCGCAAGGCACGGUCCACAAGGGAAGACGCUGGAGUACAGCAAAAGCAUUUCUAAACACCGCAGCUGAUCGACCCAAUCUGCACAUCAUCAAAAAUGCUCACGUGACCAAGAUCAACUUCGAGGGGACUGCAGCGACAGGCGUCACGUUCGAUGUGCCCUCCCAGGCGGGCGUUUCAGCAAGCAUACGAAAAGAAGUGAUUAUAUCGGCUGGUGCAAUAAAUACACCACAAGUUUUGCAGCUUUCCGGACUGGGAGCAAAGGAGCAACUCGAUCGGCUAGACAUCCCGCUGGUUAAGGAAAUACCGCCAGUGGGGGAAAAUUUGCAAGAUCAUUUGAUUGUACCCCUGUUUCUGAGUCUGCACGGUUCACGACCGAUCGAACGCAGCAUGGAUGAACUGCUCGACAGUAUCUACAGUUACUUCCGUUACGGGCUUGGUACGUUUGGUACCGUCGGUAUAACAGAUCUUUUAGCGUUCGUCAACACACAAAGCCCGGCCGCCAAAUUCCCGGACAUACAGUAUCAUCACUCGCUCAUUCUCUGGAAAACGCCCGAUAUAGCACGACUCACUCAGUGUUUCGGCUGGGAAGACUACAUUUCCCAUCAAAUAAUUGAGCAAAACCAAAAGUCCGAAAUCCUUAUGGUGAUGGUAACACUACUCAAUCCCAAAUCGAAAGGAAAUGUGCAGCUUCGCUCGUCCAACCCGUACGAUGCACCAAUCAUCAACGCUAACUACCUCGACGACCAGCGGGAUGUAAAAACGAUCAUUCGUGGCAUUCGGUUCUUCCGAAAAUUUUUGGAUACGGAAAAUUUCGGCUAUCACGAGCUGAAAGAGUUCCACCUGAAGAUUGAGGAAUGCGAUCGGUUGGAGUACGAAUCGGAUAGCUACUGGGAGUGUUACGCCCGAUACAUGUCCUCUACUAUCUACCAUCCUACGGGUACGUCCAAAAUGGGUCCCGAUGGAGAUCAAGCGUCUGUUGUCGAUUCUAGGCUGAAGGUUAGAGGGGUGCAAAAUUUGCGCGUAAUAGAUGCAAGCAUUAUGCCCGACAUUGUGAGUGGCAACACAAAUGCACCGACUAUCAUGAUCGGUGAAAAGGGUGCCGAUAUGAUAAAGGAGGAUUACGGAGUAGAGACGAAGGAAGCAGCUACACACACAGAACUCUGAUAAAUAUAGUGAUCAACUUGAAAAAAUGUCAAGUUUUCUACGUAGCAGCAGCGAAUGCUGGUGAAAUAAAGCUUUCGUGUGUACAGAAACAA